AUGGAUUUUUCAACAACAACUGAGGUACUGUUCCCGUCGUCGCCAGCGUCACCGACUACUCCUACGACACCACAAUCCUCGUCGCAAUUUUCAUCAAUGUUGCAGCCACCUUCACCAAAUCCUGUAAAGAUGAGCAGUAAUACCAUGGUAGUGGAUAAGCAAUAUCAACAUCUUAUUGCGUGGAAUUAUACCGCCGAAAAUCAAAUUUGGGAGUUCUCUCAUCCAAAAUUUUUACGUGGCCGCCCGGACCUCCUAGAUGACAUCAAACGCAAAGCGAUGGAAUCAGAAACACUGCGUCGCGAGACGGGCGAUCUUCACGCACAUUUGGCGAUGAUGCAAGUAGCGCAGACAGAUUUAUUGCAACAGAUUGCACAGUUACAAGAAAAUUUUGCAGAAGUGAUGCGAGAAUUACGAGAGACAAAACACAAGCAAACGUUGCAGCAGCAAUGGAUAAAGAAUAUGUGGGAGGUGAUACAGUCACAAAAUUCGUCGUCACAAAGCGGCGCGAAUGGCGGCCAAAGCCCAACUCACCGUCUGAAUAUCACGCUUCCACCGAACCCGUACUUGGGUGGAAACAAUUCACUGAUAAACCAGCAGCCACCGUUGUCACCAAAUUCAUUAAGUUCUUAUAAUACUGCGGUAAAUACACCUUUGCCCCCAAGUCCAUCACCAGGAUCACCGCUAGGAAAUAUAGUUUCAGAUGAUGAUAUGGAUGGUAGUAUUUAUAGCCGUGCGGGAUCGGAGUAUGGUGCCUCACGAAACCAAUCCUUGAAUUUCGGUACGAGCCUACGGGAUGAAUAUCAACAAGACGAAGAAAAAAGAGAACCAGGAUGGCGGUGA